UAUCAAUGUAAAUAACAAGUGCGUAUUAAAUUAUUAUCUAGAAAUAUAUGAAAUGAUGCAGUUGCGUUUUACUGCACACAAGUAGCAACAAGGCUACUAAAAUGAUGUAUUUAACGACAUUCUCGUGUUUAGCACUUUGUAUAGGUAUAGUGUAUUUAUAUUUAAAAUGGAAGGUCACGUAUUGGGAACGGGUAGGUCUGGAAUACCUAGAGCCCCAUUUAAUUUUCGGUAACAUUAAAGAAUUGGUUCAACAAAGGGUAUCAAUAGGGGAUCAGUUACGUAAUAUAUAUAAUCAAUUCAAAGCCCAAGGACUAAAGCAUGGUGGUAUAUACUUUUUCUUCGUUCCAAUCUAUAUUCCCGUUGACUUAGAUGUUGUAAAAAAUAUUUGUGUACGAGAUUUUGAAUAUUUUGUGAAUCAUGGUGUAUACAAAAAUGAAGAGUUUGAUCCUCUUUCUGGACAUUUGUUUGCCUUGGAGGAUGAUAAAUGGAAAAAACUUAGAGCCAAAUUGUCACCUACAUUUACAACUGGUAAAAUUAAAAUGAUGUUUCAAACACUUUGUUCUACAUCUAAAGGAUUAUAUGAAGUUUUAGAAGAUCAUGCUAGGUUUAAUGAAGUAUUAGAUAUAAGAGACUUAGUAGCCAGAUUUACAACUGAUGUCAUAGCAUCAGUUGCAUUUGGAUUAGAAUGUAAUUCUCUUAAAAAUCCAAACGAAGAAUUUAGGCAUAAGGGACGCAAGUUAUUUGAUUUAACUGCUAUUGAACGUUUUAAGGACACACUUAUGUUUAUACUACCGUUGAAAGUUAUAAAUUUUUUUAAUUUAACAUUAUUUCCUAACGAUGUUAACACUUUUUUUCUGAACGUAGUACAAAAAACUGUUGAAUAUAGAGAAAAAAACAAGAUCAGCCGAAAGGACUUUAUGCACUUGCUGUUGCAAUUGAAAAAUCGGGGAAAAGUUGCCGACGACCAGUUUAUAUUUAAACAAGAGGGUGAGAAAGAUGGCACUGAUUUUAUAACUUUCAACGAAUUGGCAGCCCAAUGUUUGCUAUUUUUUGUUGCUGGUUUUGAAACGUCGUCAACUACUAUAAGUUUUGCUUUGUUGGAGUUAGCUAGAAACCAAGAUAUUCAGAAGAAACUUAGAGAUGAAAUUAAAAGAGUAUUAAAUAAGCACAAUAAUGAAUUGACUUACGAUGCAAUAAUGGAAAUGAAGUACUUGGAACAAGUGAUUUAUGAAAGUCUUCGAAAACAUCCACCUACUCCAAAUGUUCCAAGAAAAUGUACCAAAGAUUACACGGUUCCUGGAACUAGUGUAACUAUUAAGAAGGGAGUUCAAGUUCUCAUUCCAAUACUGGCUAUUCAGAAUGAUCCAGAAGUUUAUCCAGAUCCGGAAAAAUUUGAUCCGGAUCGAUUUACAGAUGAAAAUAAAGCCAAAAGGCAUCCAGCAGCAUUCUUGGCGUUUGGAGAUGGUCCUCGAUAUUGUUUAGGUGCUCGCCUUGGAUUAAUGCAAACAAAAGUCGGAUUAAUCACAUUUAUUAAUAAUUUUCAAGUGGACGUGCACCCAAAAACCAAACUUCCUGUAAAAUACAUUUCCCAACGAUUUAUUCUAUCAAUGGAAGGUGGUAUAUGGUUGUCAGUUUCUAAACUGAAAUAAUACGUGUACCUACACAUGGGAAAGGAAUUUCCCAUCUAUCCUUUCACACGUACAUUUUUAAUUGCGUUAAAAUUUAUGAUUACAUUUAUUAAAUGGAUGUUUAUCCUUAAUCUCAGGUUUACCAUUAUUAUUUGUUUGUUAUUUCCAUAAAUCACACAGCGCAGUUUGCUAGUUAUUUAAGGACUUUUUUACUUCGAUUUAUGUACUAAGUGGAGGUCAUUAUUAAUAAUAACAAAUCAGCCACGAAAUAUGUUUACACUAGAGAUGUGGUUUUUAUAAAUUACUAGAUAUAUUAAUGCACUAAUAUUGACAUAUUUUCGUAGAAUUUAUGUCAAAAACGUUAUCGCCGCCCAAUAAAAUGUAUUGCUGAUAUUUUGUUCUACGGAUAUUUUUAAUCUUUUACAUAAAGUUAUUAUACUUGGUGUUUAGUUUUAAAUAAACCAAAAAUGAAAUUAA